ACUGUGCAGGAGGGAGUGUAAAGUGAAGAUUAAGAUGGAGUUUAAGUUGGGUUGGGUGGAGAUUGGAGCGUUGUAGUUGUACCUGCGAUGCGGUUGUGUUGUGAGUAACAAAGCAACAUUAACUAAACCAACAACAUGUGGCGUCGUUUGUUCUCUUGAAUCGAGGAAAAAAAGCAGAGAGAAAUUCUUUCUCACCAUAGUGCCUGCCAUUCAUGGAGGGAUCCAUCUUGAUGCAUCAAAAUGCUCCCUUUCCAUCCAUUCUCCAAAUCUAGCAUUCUUCUUUGGAUCAAACGCCAUUUUCUCUCUUCACUCUUCACUCUUCACCUCCAAAAACCUCUUCUUCUUCUUCUUUCUUCUCUCUCUUCCCAUUUCACCUAUUCCUGCACCUUGUUACAUCUUUAUGCAAACCGUUAAAGUUAAACUUCUUCUCUGACUAGCUGCUGCUUCCCUUCUCUCUCUCUCUCUCUCUCUCUCUCUUUCUUAAGAGGGUUUGCUUCGGUCUCACAGAAACCAGGCGUUCUCGAUAGAUUGCCACCAUGAUAAAGCAAAUUCUUAGCAAAUUGCCAAAGAAGGUGCCAAAAUCUGACUCAUCAGAUUCUUCAAGGAGUGACUCUAGCAAUUCUACAAGUUUUGGGAAUGUUUUUCAGUGUACAAAUGUUGGAAGCACCAUUUCAAGCAAAUUAAAUGUCGUGAAGAGGGUAUCUUCGGUUGUUUUCCCUGCAAGCAUGAGUGCUGGAGUGGAAGCAGUCGACCCGUGUCUGUCCUUCAAAGAUGUUUCAAACACACAGAAGCAAAGCCUGUUCAUUAGUAAGUUAAACCUUUGCUGCAAAGUCUAUGACAUGAGUGAUCCUGACAAGAACAGUACAGAGCAAGAUCUCAAACGACAAACGCUGUUGGAGCUUGUUGAUUUUGUUUCUUCUGGAUCUGUCAAGUUCACAGAACCAGCAAUCGCGGCUUUGUGUAAAAUGUGUGCAACUAAUUUGUUCAGGGUUUUCCCACCUAAAUUUCGAACAAGUAGUGGUGGUGGAGAAACAGAAGACGAGGAACCAAUGUUUGAUCCUGCCUGGUCUCACUUGCAAGUUGUUUACGAUCUACUACUCCAAUUCAUCAACUAUAACUCUCUUGAUGUGAAGGUGGCAAAAGCACAUAUAGAUCAUGCUUUCAUUUUAAGAUUACUUGACCUCUUCGAUUCUGAGGACCCCAGAGAAAGGGAUUGCUUGAAAACAAUUCUGCAUAGAAUCUAUGGGAAAUUCAUGGUUCACAGGCCUUUCAUACGGAAAUCCGUUAGCAACAUCAUCUACCGGUUUGUUUUUGAGACGGAGCGGCAUAACGGGAUCGCAGAGAUGCUUGAGAUUUUUGGGAGUGUGAUCAGUGGAUUUGCCUUGCCAUUGAAGGAAGAGCAUAAGAUAUUUUUGUGGAGGGCUUUAAUUCCUCUGCACAAACCUAAAUCCGUUGGCAUUUACCACCAGCAGUUAACAUAUUGUGUUGUACAGUUCAUAGAGAAGGAUCAAAGACUGGCCAGCUCGGUGAUAAAGGGACUAUUGAAGUACUGGCCAGUAACAAAUAGCCAAAAGGAGCUCAUGUUCAUCAGUGAGUUGGAAGAGAUUUUGGAAAUGACUAGCAUGGCUGAGUUUCAGAAGAUCAUGAUCCCUCUCUUUCGACGAAUGGCUCACUGCCUCAACAGUUCUCAUUAUCAGGUGGCUGAACGAGCACAUUUGCUAUGGAACAAUGAGCACAUUCUGAAUCUGAUAACGCAAAACCGACAGGUGAUUCUGCCUCUGGUGUUCUCAGCACUUGUACAUAAUGCUCAAAGUCACUGGAACCAAGCAGUGCUGAAUCUGACUCAGAACAUAAGGAAGAUGCUGUCUCAGAUGGACGAGGAGUUGGUACUGGCAUGCCAACGCAGGAUUGAAGAAGAAGAUUCAGCUGCAAGUGCUGCAGCUGAGAGGAGAAGACUAACAUGGGAACGCCUAGAAGCUGCUGCUUCUGCUGCUGCUGCUGCUGCUGCUGCCAGUGUUCAAUCUUCUUCUGUAGGUGGUUUAGUCCCAGUAAAAUCUGCUACAUGCUCAGUGGCAUGCUAAGCUAAUUAAUUGGUUUGAGUUAUGAUAUGAUAUUAUGAUGAUUAUGUAAGCCUAAUUAAGCUUCUAAUUAAAAUUACAUAAUAGUGGUGUGGUUCUUGAGUUUUUAUUUAUCUGUGCCAUUUUAUUGUUGGCACAAUAGGGUAUGUACGUACGUAUGUUUGUUUGUAUGUAUACAAAUACAUACUUACUAGCCUCAAAAAUUGUGGUGACUGAGGGAGGAGUGUUGCAUAAUGCAUAAUGGUUAAUGGUUAGAAAGGUUGGUUAUUUGAAUUGAGAAAAAAGAAAGAAAGUAGGCAGUGAUAUUUGAUUGUGUUA